AUGAAGAGCCAGAGCGUGACGUACAAAGUCCAGGACUUCAAGGGCCUUGACAAGGACGUGAACGAGCUGUCCUCCGACCGUGUUUCCACCGGCACGGAGCUCGACUCCGUUCUCGAGUACUACGGCAAAGUAAAGGAGCGCUGCAUCGCCAAGCCGGAGACCUACGAGGAGCGAGCGUCGCGCCGCCAGCGUGAGAUCAAGGGCCUCAAAGAGGCCCUGGCGAUCUUGAGCGACGAGACUGCGCCAGCGUUGCUGCAGGCGCGUGGAGUGCGCGGUGCCCGGCGCCAGACCACGCUCGCCGCAUGA